CUGCACCUCCUCCAAAUUGACGUAGAAUGCGGAAGCAAAUUCAGAACUCAAGACUGAAGAGGCAUAGGCAAAGAAGAUACUUUUACCGUAAACAAACAAAAUAUUAUUUAUUCUUGGCAUAGACAGUUGGAAACUAGUGUUACUAGCUGUUAAGCUUACUUUACAUUGUGGAACCAACUUGUAUGGAUGAAUACAUAUUUUGCUAGCUAGCAAGCUAGUUCACUUACCAUAAUUAUUCGUAGCAAAUUUUGCUUGGUUUAUGUAUUCAAUGCAGGGUCUCACUUGAGGUGAAGGAUGGCGACAGGGGGGACCUCCUCUUCCAGUGGGGAGGGCUUCCUCUCCAGAAUGGCCCUCAAUGACAACAAGGCUGGAAUGAAGGGCCUUGACAGGGACAAGAUAAACAAGAUCAUCAUGGAGUCCUCCAAGGUACAGGUUGAGAACUUCUGUCUGUUUAUUCAAACACCUAAACUAACAUCCUAGACUCUGAGUCAAUACCCUAGCUAGUUACCUUACUCUAAUUGCACAGGAACUGACAAACCCACUUGUGUUGAGGUCUAGUGGGUUCUCUUCUCAGUGUUCCAUGACCUGAUACUGGAGGUCAUCCGCCUCUCUGUUUCCCUCUCUCCUGCAGGGCUCCAGGUUCUAUGAGAACGAGCUGAAGAAGGAACAGCAGGUGAACCAGCGCAUUGAGAGGAUGAGGCUGCAGAAAGCACACAUCACUGAGCAACAGCUGAGCAAAGCUCAAGCACAGGUACAGGGCUAUACUCUCUGACACACAGAUACAGUAUAACUUAUACAGUAUACAGUACCAGUCAAAAGUUUGGACACACCUACUCAUUCCAGGGUUUUUCUUUAUUUUUGCGAUUUUCUACAUUGUAGAAUAAUAGUGAAGACAUCAACACUAUGAAAUAACACAUGGAAUCAUGUAGUAACCAAAAAAGUGUUAAACAAAUCUAAAUAUAUGUUAUAUUUGAGAUUCAUCAAAGUAGCCACCCUUUGGCUUGAUGACAACUUUGCACACUCUUGGCAUUCUCUCAACCAGCUUCAUGAGGUAGUCACCUGGAAUGCAUUUAAAUUAACAGGGGUGCCUUGUUAAAAGUUAAUUUGUGGAAUUUAUUUCCUUCUUAAUGCAUUUGAGCCAAUCAGUUGUAUUGUGACAAGGUAAGGGUGGUAUACAGAAGAUAGCCCUAUUUGGUAAAAGACCAAGUCCAUAUUAUGGCAAGAACAGCUCAAAUAAGCAAAGAGAAAUGACAGUCCAUCAUUACUUUAAGACAUGAAGGUCAGUGAAUCCGGAACAUUUCUUAAAGUGCAGUCGCAAAAACCAUCAAGCGCUAUGAUGAAACUGGCUCUCAUCAGGACCGCCACAGGAAAGGAAGACCCAGAGUUACCUCUGCUAUUAGUCACUUUAAUAAUGUUUACAUAUUUUUGCUUUACUCAUCUCAUAUGUAUAUACUGUAUUCUAUUCUACUUUAUUUUAGUCUAUGCCACUUUGACAUUGCUCGUCCUAAUAUUUAUAUAUUUCUUAAUUCCAUUCUUUUACUUUUAGAUUGUGUGUAUUAUGAGUAUUGUUAUGAUUUGUUAGAUAUACUGCGCUGUUGGAGCUAGAAACACAAGCAUUUCGCUACACCAGCAAUAACAUCUGCUAAACAUGUAUAUGUGACCAAUAACAUUUGAUUUGAUUUGCAGAGGAUAAGUUCAUUAGAGUUAACUCCACUUCAGAUUACAGCCCAAAUAAAUGCGUCAACGUCAACUGUUCAGAGGAGACUGCGUGAAUCAGGCCUUCAUGGUCGGAUUGCUGCAAAGAAACCACUACUAAAGGACACCAAUAAGAAGAAGAGACUUGCUUGGGCCAAGAAACACGAUCAAUGGACAUUAGACCGGUGGAAAUCUGUCCUUUGGUCUGAUGAGUCCAAAUGGGAGAUUUCUGGUUCCAACCGCCGUGUCUUUGUGAGACGUAGGUGAAUGGAUGAUCUCCGAAUGUGUGGUUCCCACCAUGAAGCAUGGAGGAGGAGGUGUGAUGUUAUGGGGGUGCUUUGCUGGUGACACUGUCGGUGAUUUAUUUACAUAUUUACAUUUUAGUCAUUUAGCAGACGCUCUUAUCCAGAGCGACUUACAGUUAGUGAGUGCAUACAUUAUUUAUUUUUAUUUUUUCAUACUGGCCCCCCAUGGGAAUCGAACCCACAACCCUGGCAUUGCAAACACCAUGCUCUACCAGCUGAGCUACAUCCCUGCCGGCCAUUCCCUCCCCUGUGCCACUCGGGAGGUUAGAAUUUAGAAUUCAAUUAACCAGCAUGGCUAUCACAGCAUUCUGCAGCGAUAUGCCAUCCCAUCUGGUUUGCGCUUAGUGGGACUAUCAUUUGUUUUUCAACAGGACAAUGACCCAAAACACACCUCCAGGUUGUGUAAGGGUGAUGGAGUGCUGCAUCAGAUGACCUGGCCUCCACAAUCACCCGACCUCAACCCAAUUGAGAUGGUUUGGGAUGAGUUGGACCACAGAGUGAAGGAAAAGCAGCCAACAAGUGCUAAGCAUAUGUGGGAACUCCUUCAAGACUGUUGGAAAAGCAUUCCAGGUGAAGCUGGUUGAGAGAAUGCCAAUAGUGUGCAAAGCUGUCAUCAAGCCAAAGGGUGGCUAUUUGAAGAAUCUCAAAUAUAAAAUAUAUUUUGAUUUGUUUAACACUUUUUUGGUUACUACAUGAUUCCAUAUGUGUUAUUUCAUAGUUUUGAUGUCUUCACUAUUAUUCUACAAUGUAGAAAAUAGUAAAAAAUCAAGAAAAACCCUGGAAUGAGUAGGUGUGUCCAAACCUUUGACUGGUACUGUAUAUUUAGUUAUUAUUUGAUUGAAGCUGUCACCUCUUAACGUCUUGUUGUAGGUGGAGAAGAUGACCUCUGACCUGGAGAGGGGUCGUGACCUGAGCCGUGUCAUUGUGCACGUGGAUAUGGAUGCCUUCUACGCUGCGGUGGAGACGAGAGACUGUCCUGACCUGAUGGACAAACCCAUGGCUGUGGGCUCCAUGAGCAUGUUGGUGAGAUUCUAUAAGCCAUGAACAGGACUGUUCAUUUGCUAGCAAAGUAUAUAGUGACCAACAGUCUCAGAAGCCAAGGCUUCUCGUGAACGAGACAGGAUUUAGAAGGCUGGCCACGCAAGACUAUGACCAACAAGACCUGCUAGAGACUAGACAAAUAAUGUAGAUAAGUGUAGUGGUUGUUUUGUUUGAUUGUCAUUCAUUCGUGAUACCAAUUGUCUCCAGUUAUCAUGUGAUGUCAAAAUAAGAAAGGCAAGUCUGUUGAAUUUCUCAUCAUUGCUACCCAGAGGGAGGUUCAUAUCUGGGGAUCUUUCUCCUUCACAUAUGAACUGGUUUAUGUUCUUCUAACUGGAUCUGAAAGAUGUCCUUUUAUUGCACUACAACACAUAUCCCAUAUUGAACCCCAGGUUAUGUAUCUCUACAAAUUGUAUGUGUUUUGUCCACUCUCUUCAGUCAACAUCCAACUACCAUGCCAGGAAGUUUGGGGUCCGUGCCGCCAUGCCUGGCUUCAUCGCAAAGAAGCUCUGCCCAAACCUGGUUAUUGUUCCAACCAACUUUGACAAAUACAGAGCAGUGAGCGCUGAAGUAAGGAUCUGACACACACACACACACACACACACACACACACACACUAUAUGUAUAAAUACUCCCCAAAGAGACAAAUCAUCCAAAAUCUCUGCUAGGUCCGGGAGGUCUUUGCAGACUAUGACCCUCACUUCCUGCCCAUGAGUCUCGACGAAGCAUUCCUGGACAUCAGUGAGCACCUUGAGCAGAGGAGGGGCUGGCCAGAGGCCCUCCGUACCCACCGUCUCCGUCUCCACACCAACAACACUGGGGCAGCUAGAGGUAGCUAGAUCCAUGCCAGUGCUAGGUCAGGAGUCAGUGUCUAAAUACAGUGGAUUAUUGUGUAAUAACUGAGAGUUAUGGUCGUUUGUUACACUGUUGGAUAGCUUUUUUUUUAAACCAAUAUUGCAGUUGUAGUUUACGGACUGUGAUAAAGUUGUCAUUUGUAAGACAACUUUGAGAGUAGACUGUAAGUAGUUUGAAUGUAAUAUAAAGGCAGAUAAAUGUUAUAUGGAAGAUGUAACAAAAGGAGAGAGGGUUACUAAGAGCUUAAUAGCAAAAGCCUCAUGUAAUUCUUCCUCUAUUUUCUGCCUGACAGAGAAAGUGAAUUAGAAGGGUUUAGAACUAUGUCUGUGUAUUCCCUGUCUCUUUCUCUUAUCUAGUUCACUUUUGCCACCUGUCAAGCAUAACGAGUGACAAGGGGAGCAGAAGAUAAGAGACAUGGACAAUCAGCUGUGAAUCAUCUCUCAUUAUCUCACACCUUCUCUCCACUUCUAUUUCUGUCUCCCUCCAUCUCUCUCUCUCUCUCUCUCUCUCUCUCUCUAGUUGAAGAGCAUGGUGAUGGCCUACCUGAGACAGUAGGGGUAGAGGGUAGGUCUCCUGUCCUGUUUGAGGACAGCCCCAGCUCCUCCCCCUGUCUGCAGGAUGCUGCUGGGGGAGACGUGGUGGUGUUUGGGACCUGUGCCGAGGAGGCGGUGAGAGAGAUGCGCUUCCGCAUCGAGCAGAAGACCUCACUAACUGCCAGCGCAGGUGAGAGAGACGCUGUGUGUUCAUGUUCCUUGGAGGACACAUUGUCUGAGUCCCAAAUGGCACCUUAUUCUCUAUGCAUUCUUUUUUACCAGGGCCCAUAGGCGAAUAGGGUGCCUUUUUGGACACAACUGAGAGUUACAUAGUUAGUUGUGUUAAAAUACCUCAGGGAGCCUAACUUUAUAAUCAUAUUCUGUGUGUAGUCACAUCAAGCAUGUAACACAUUUGCCAUGGGUUUCUUUUUUUAUAUAUAUAUAUUUUUUUUCUUCUAGGCAUUGCCCCAAACAUGAUGCUGGCCAAGGUGUGUAGUGAUAAGAACAAACCCAACGGCCAGUACAGACUCCCCUCUAACCGACAGGCUGUCAUAGACUUCAUACAAGACCUGCCAGUCCGGAAGGUAGGCUGCUGUACGCCUACCCAUAAACCUAGACAGCCUAUCUUAAGGGAUGCAUACUCUAGGAGAUUGUUUAUGGACCAGGUUGCUGGCUGAUGACCUACAAAUAAAGAUGAUGGUCUUUUGGUGUGCCAGGUCUCAGGCAUUGGGAAGGUGACAGAGAAGAUGCUGGGAGUUCUUGGUAUCACCAGCUGUUCCCAUCUUGGCCAGGAGAUGGCGAUGCUGACCCUGCUGUUCUCUGAGACGUCUUGGCAUCACUUCCUCCACAUCUCCCUGGGCCUGGGCUCCACACACAUCGAGAGGUUCUGGCCGGGCAAGCAGAGGGGGGUGGGCAGAGAGGAGAGGCGUAACUAUACAGAAGAUUAAUCCUUAAAAUUAGUUCAAGUCAUCUGACUGAGUCUCUGUUUUUGUAUUUACUUACAGGGACGGAGAGAGAAAAAGCAUGAGUACAGAGAGGUGGUUGUUUUUCUUUUCUGACAACAUAUAUGUGAAAUACAUAGAUAAAUAAUGGUACAUACUCCCCAUAUCCAACAUCUCAAUCUCCCUCAUUCUCUGUUAGGACGUUUGGAGAGAUGAGUGCAUUAGAGGAGCAGUUCUCUCUGUGCAGGGAGCUGUGCCAAGACCUGGCUCAGGACCUGCAGAAGGAGGCUCUUAAGGUACUCUACAGCACAGUUGAUUACAGUACACUAUUAGUAAUAGUAUAGGUCAUUACUAGCAUAGAUUCCAGUUGUAUAGCACAUUUCUCUUCCUUAGAGUAUAUUCUUAAACACAAAAUCACUGUCUGAUAAGCUAUUGGCAGGUAGCUUAGUGGUUAAGAGCGUUGUGCCAGUAACUGAAAGGUCGCUGGUUCUAAUCCCCGAGCCGACUAGGUGAAAAAUCUGUCGAUGUGCCCUUGAGCAAGGCACUUAACCCUAAUGGCUCCUGUAAGUCGCUCUGGAUAAGAGCGUCUGCUAAAUGAAAAAAAAAAUCAGACAACGAUUCUCUAGGAUUUGUAUUUUUGUGGCUAUUGUGUGAAAUGCAGAGCUGUUCGACAGUACAUAACGCAUGGAACUGUUUGUUGUGGCUGGUGUUAGUAUUCAGCACCAUUGUGAACAGCCAUUGCCUGACUGCCUGCCUCUUGCUCUGUGCAGUGAGAUUGCCUCAGAUUACUCUUUCCUCUGGGGAAGAGAGAGCAGAAAAGGGUUAUUGAACAGAAAGUAUAUUUCUAUAGAGAGGGUAUUUUGGGGUCUUAAAACAUUGCAGCGCUAGUGUUGGCUCCCAUACUCAAUCUGUCUCUAACCAGCAUCUCACACAAUUACCAGAGCAUCUGUUCCCGUCCCAAUCGAUAGAGAGAGCUGGCUUGGCAGGGCCAUCACCCCCUGACUGUGCCCUAAUAUACUUUUGAUACCUGGAGGAAAUGGAGAGCCAUUAUGGAGACUACCAGGGACCAGUGUGAGCCUCAGCCUGCCUGUGGAAUAGGCUGCUUGGGAAUGAUCAUCACUCUCCUAGGAAAAUGCCUUUGACCCUUCUUCACUUAGUGUCAUCUAUCAGUCAAAUCAAUGUCUGUUCUGUCCUUUGACUCCUUCCCCAGGUCCAACCAGAUUUAUUCUGUACUUGUCAUUUGCUCUGUGUUCUUCCAGGGCAAGACGGUGACGUUGAAGCUGAAAAAUGUCAACUUUGAGGUGAAAACCAGAGCGUGGACGUUGCCGUGUGCUGUUGCUACGAUGGAAGAGCUCUUUGCUGUCGCUAAGAACUUGCUGAAGACUGAGAUCGACAACGUCAGCCCCCAGCCACUGAGACUGAGACUCAUGGGUAAUCUUACCUUACCUUCUCUCACUGGUUUAAAUGUGGUGUCCCAUUGGCAAAAAAAUACAUUAAUAAUAUCACCUUUCAUAUACACUGCUCAAAAAAAUUAAGGGAACACUUAAACAACACAAUGUAACUCCAAGUCAAUCACACUUCUGUGAAAUCAAACUGUCCACUUAGGAAGCAACACUGAUUGACAAUAAAUUUCACAUGCUGUUGUGCAAAUGGAAUAGACAACAGGUGGAAAUUAUAAGCAAAUAGCAAGACACUCCCAAUAAAGGACUGGUUUUGCAGGUGGUGACCACAGACCACUUCUCAGUUCCUAUGCUUCCUGGCUGAUGUUUUGGUCACUUUUGAAUGCUGGCAGUGCUUUCACUCUAGUGGUAGCAUGAGACGGAGUCUACAACCCACACAAGUGGCUCAGGUAGUGCAGCUCACCCAGGAUGGCACUGCGAGCUGUGGCAAGAAGGUUUGCUGUGUCUGUCAGCGUAGUGUCCAGAGCAUGGAGGCGCUACCAGGAGACAGGCCAGUACAUCAGGAGACGUGGAGGAGGCCGUAGGAGGGCAACAACCCAGCAGCAGGACUGCUACCUCCGCCUUUGUGCAAGGAGGAGCAGGAGGAGCACUGCCAGAGCCCUGCAAAAUGACCUCCAGCAGGCCACAAAUGUGCAUGUGUCUGCUCAAACGGUCAGAAACAGACUCCAUGAGAGUGGUAUGAGGGCCCGACGUCCACAGGUGGGGGUUGUGCUUACAGCCCAACACCGUGCAGGACGUUUUGGCAUUUGCCAGAGAACACCAAGAUUGGCAAAUUCGCCACUGGCGCCCUGUGCUCUUCACAGAUGAAAGCAGGUUCAUUUGGGGGGCCGCACAGCCCUCCAUGUGCUCGCCAGAGGUAGCCUGACUGCCAUUAGGUACCGAGAUGAGAUCCUCAGACCCCUUGUGAGACCAUAUGCUGGUGCAGUUGGCCCUGGGUUCCUCCUAAUGCAAGACAAUGCUAGACCUCAUGUGGCUGGAGUGUGUCAGCAGUUCCUGCAAGAGGAAGGCAUUGAUGCUAUGGACUGGCCCGUCCGUUCCCCAGACCUGAAUCCAAUUGAGCACAUCUGGGACAUCAUGUCUCACUCCAUCCACCAACGCCACGUUGCACCACAGACUGUCCAGGAGGUGGCGGAUGCUUUAGUCCAGGUCUGGGAGGAGAUCCCUCAGGAGACCAUCCGCCACCUCAUCAGGAGCAUGCCCAGGCGUUGUAGGGAGGUCAUACAGGCCCGUUGAGGCCACACACACUACUGAGCCUCAUUUUGACUUGUUUUAAGGACAUUACAUCAAAGUUGGAUCAGCCUGUAGUGUGGUUUUCCACUUUAAUGUUUGAGGGUGACUCCAAAUCCAGACCUCCAUGGGUUGAUACAUUUGAUUUCCAUUGAUAAUUUUUGUGUGAUUUUGUUGUCAACACAUUCAACUAUGUAAAGAAAAAAGUAUUUAAUAAGAUUAUUUCAUUCAUUCAGAUCUAGGAUGUGUUAUUUUAGUGUUCCCUUUAUUUUUUUGAGCAGUGUAUGUUGUAUAUAAGAAUAAUAUAUGAAGUACAUUCUACUGAUUCUGUUAAUAAUUAAUAUAUUUGAACUUGAAGCUUGAUUAAAACAAUUGACUGCAGUUUUAAAUCAACGCUUGCGUGUCUGCAGGCGUUCGAGUUUCCAGCUUCGCCAGCGCUGAUGACAAGAAACCCCGGCAGAAGAGCAUUGUGGGAUUUCUCCAAAAAAAUGGGGCUGACUCAAGUAGCCCCUUCCAGAUCUCCUCCCACAAGCCUGUGAUAGAGCAUCAACCUAAGCCUCCAGGCCAGACCAAGCCCUCUGCCUGCCCUUCCCUGGUACAGCAGAGGCAGGGGCAGGAGGGUCACUCCUGGGUACCCAGCCGGGGAGGGGUGGAGGUUGGGAGGACUGGGGAGACCUUCCAGCAGUCCUUCUUGCAGAGAGCUCACACCCAGAGGCAGCGGCUGCAAGUUGAGAGAGAGGACCCACCAGAGAAUGGAGAUUGGAAUGGCUUAGAGACCAGACGGGGCCCAGCCUCAUCGGCCACCAACACCAAAGACACACAGACACAUACUCAGAAGAAUACAAAUACAUCAGCAGAGACACACAUCUCUAUGAGUGCAUUGACAGCUUCUGACAAAAUGACACAUGCACCUACAGCCAGCACCACAGAGGCCCAUGCAUCUACUUCAUCAUGCUGUUCAACAGAGCCAGAGUCAGGGACAGACAGUCUGACCUGCCCUGUGUGCUUCAGGGCUGUAAACACCACAGACCUGACAGUCUUCAACAGACAUGUUGACCAGUGUCUCGGUGGGGUUACUAUGGGGCAAAACAACCACACAGACACAGAAAUAGAGAGAGGCCCCAGUGUCUGUGAGGAGGAGGUGGAGAGAGAGAUAACUGUAGGGGAGAGGAAGCGGGAGGAGGGGGUGAUGGAGAAAGGUAGGGAGCUACUCCGUAGGUGCAUGUUGGACUCAGUGGGCCUUCGAUUGGACUCUAGUGCAGGUGAUCAUAUAGAGGACACUACAGGACUACUUCUAUAUGAGACUAGUACAGCUAAUAUUUCACUAAACACUGUGGGCCUGAACCCUGUCUGCCUUAACACUUGUCCAAAUGGAGGUGUAUCUAUAUGUAGAGGUACAGACCCUAACACCCUGAAUGGUUCGUCUCAAAGUGACCCUCAUGUUCGGGUUUGUCUGUUGUCCCCCGGUGGCCCUCGGCCAAUGACUACGCCCAAGCCUGAGUCACAUGACCACAGAGGCCCCACCCUCACCUGUCCAGUUUGUCUGGAGACCCAGGACACCAAUGACCUCAUCCUUUUUAACCGACACGUUGACCUCUGUCUGAACCAGGAAGUCCUGCAUGAGCUUGGGGGACUGGCGUCUAUGGACCGCACCCCCCACAAUGCACCACCUGCUGCCCACAAAGGUCAGUGUUUCAGAUAUGUUUUAUUUACUGUAUGAUCAUGCAUUACUGCCAUUGUCAUUAAAAUAGACCAGGGACUUUUCCACCCUGUUUUUCUUAUGUGCUGCCAAUACCAGUCUCAUCCCCAGUGCUUGCAUGGGUCCUGUUUCUGCCUCUAUUCCUACUCAAUAUGUAAUCCAGGAGAUUGUAAAUUGAGGUGGAGUAUAUUUUCUCCAAAGAAAGAGUAAAACUCAGGGUUUUUUUCUAGAUCAAAAAGAGACCGGUGGUGGGUGUGUCGGGGUGCAUAGAGAUUCUACACAUUUUGGUUGCCUCUGCCAGGAGGCUGACAUUUUCCGCAAAUGGAUCUUCCAGCAAGACAAUAACUCCAAGCACACAUCAAAAUCCACAAAGAAAUGGUUAAUUGACCACAAAAGCAACAUUUUGCAAUGAUCUUCUCAGUCUCCGGAAUUGAACCCCAUUGAAAACCUGUGGUUUUAAUUGAAAAGGGCCGUCCAUAAGUGCAGAUAAAGGAUAUCAAAGAUCUGGAAAGAUUCUGUAUGGGAAAUGGUCUAAGAUCCCUCCCAAUGUGUUCUCCAAUCUCAUAAAACAUUUUAGAAAAAGGCUCUAUGUCAUUAUCCUCACAAGGGGAGGGUGAAAGAGUAUUGAAAACGGGUGCAGUCUUUUUUACUCAUCUUUAUCAAGGGUGCCAAUAAUUAUGGACCUGACUGUAGGCCAGUUAUCUUUUCUACAUACUUCCUGUCUGGUUAUAUUCAUUUAAGUUUACACUGAAAGCCAUUUUCCAUCCCGAAAAUGAAUUACACUGUUUGGACUUGAAAAAACACUGUCCUGAAGUCUUAUAGUUAAAACUUGAAGGAUUUGUUUGGUCAGUGUGAGGUCAGUGCUGUCUGUGUAUUGAUUCCCUUUGAGAGAAAGAAGACAACUCAUUUCACCCUGUGGGGGCUGUCCUGCCAUGCUCUCUGCCACUGGUAAAUCACUUCUUCACCCAUUCAAUCCUGACAAUGGAAAGACGGUCUCUCCCAGUUUCUCCUUAACUAUCCUGCCUGGGAAAUUAGUCUUUAUAGCUUUGAAAUUAACACAAAUGACAUGCCGGACCUAGACAGUCGUCAUUCUGUUUUUAGCGGCAGGUAGGAUAAUCUGAUGGAGUUUUUCCUGUUUCCCUCCACAGAGAGAGAGCAGCCCCUGCAGAGAGCGCCACAGAAAGGCAAGAGCAAAAGGUGAGACUACAUCUCCUUACACAUAUAAGAGAGCGAGAGAUUAGUUUGAAAGUCAGCACAUUCACAAAUGAGUUAAACGUUGUGUGGUACGUCAAAAUAAGAUGGUUGCAGAUACUGGUGCAGACAGUGAGAAUCCUGCAGUAAAAUGUGCUGUGUUUUGUUCUGCUACACUUCCAGGAGAGGCUUGUCUCCCCCACCCCCCUCUAAGAAGGCCAAAGCCCUUGGCCCAGCUAGGAACACCAUUGACAAGUUCUUCAGGUGACGCACCUCAGGUGACAACACACACAACUCCCAGAGGAUCCCGUGUAUGACGUCUUAUGCUCAGACAGUGAUAAUGACUGACUGUUACCUGGAUCUCAGGUGAAUGGAAUGCUGGUGACCUCACUAGCAACCAUCCCUACCUACCUAGUACUUCUGGGAUUGCUGGAAAUUUGGAUUGCUUACCACAAGCAUUGAAGAUGCACUUUCUUCUUUCAAUAAUAUGAGUUUUUAUGUCUUUUGUGCCGUCUUUAAAGUCAUAAUGGUCAUAAGUUUGCAGGCAAAACCUUUGCAGUGGUUUUAGUGAAGGUAGUUGAUGCAAACUAACCACUUGCAAAAUGCACUCAUUAAAAAUAACCUCUGUGAUCACCAUCUUGCUAGCUACUAUUUUUGUUUUUAUUCAAACGGAUAAGGUAGUGACCUAGGCAGUGACAUAGUUCCUCUAUGCCAAACUGACCUUCUAUUACUUACAGAGGUGUUAAACCGGAACAUUGAAACCACAGGCAGCAGGUGGCACCUUAAUUGGGGUGGAGGGGCUCAUAGUAAUCACUGGAAC